GUGGCCCUUCUGGAAGCAAUUGUUGGCUGCCGCUGCGGAGUACAGCGAGCCACAAAAGGUUGCCUGUACACAGCGACGGGUGAUUUCUGGGACCCCUGCACCACUUGUCGCUUCUGUUCACCCUCGACGUUCAACUGGUUCUUCGUCCCUUCAACCUUCACUUCCUUUCUCACCUUCAUUGUUGUAUGCACAGGAUGCUAUUCAACUUCGGGGUGUAACACAAUCGAUUUUUUUUUUGCCCUUUCUUCCGACCGUCCGUGACUCCAUCUCGCUACUGAGUGGCGCCUUUUGGAACACGGCCGACACACUCUUUUUCUAUUGGAUUCGCCAACAAACACCUUUUUGGUUGACAGCUCGUUCACUCCUUUACGGCUUGUCUCCUUUCUGCUAUUUACACUUCUUCACCCUGCCUCCCUGCCUCCCCCGACGACGAACAUCAAAACUCGUGAAAAAAAAAGACCAGAUAAGUCAGCAUGGACUACCAUCCGCGCCGGUUCGCUGGUGGCAUCGAGUCCCUGGUACCUACAUCAGUGCUGCAGGUCAGGUCGUCGGCCAGCUCAGAGGUACAAUCCAAUCCAACCAUCGCACCCUAUACCACAGCGCUAAAUGGUGUCAACCAGACGCAGAACAAUCUAUUUAGAGACUUACUUUGGAUCAGUCUGGGAGCCGUUGGUGUCAUCAUCUUACUUAUCAGAAUAGCAGAGCUAGCAUGGGCCAAGUUACGCCAGGUAUCGGCCAUGUCGGUGCCGCGGGAGAAGCAAGGCUACUGGAAGAUUUCUCAAUGGAGCUGGAUGCCGGGCAUGAAGAAGCAUAUGAUAUAUGCUCCUCUGUUUGGGAAACGCCACAAUCGAGAGUUUCGCUUUUCAUCUGCCAUCAACGUGGGCACCCUGCCGUCACGGCUGCACGCCACCCUCCUGUUCUUGUACCUUGCUAGUAACAUUGCGUACAUGUUCAUCCUUGACUGGACUCAACCAAACUACUAUUCCUUUUGCGCCGAGUUGCGAGGCCGAGCCGGCACCUUGGGCCUUGUCAACAUGGUUCCCUUGAUCAUCAUGGCUGGACGAAACAACCCUCUGAUCAAGCUUUUGCAAAUCAGCUUCGACACAUACAACCUCCUGCACCGGUGGAUGGGCCGUAUCGUUGUUAUCGAGAUCCUCAUCCAUACCAUUGCCUGGGCCAUCCCAAGCAUUGCUAACAGCGGCUGGGCUGGCGCUUGGAAAGCCGUUACCCACAGCGCGUUUCUCGGAUCUGGAGGCCUCGGCACUCUGGCUUUGUUGUUGAUCUUCAUCCAGGCCGUCUCGCCUCUUCGACAUGCCUUUUAUGAGACAUUUCUCAACCUUCACAUUCUCCUUGCUGCCGUGGCAUUUGCUGGCACAUGGAUCCACUGCGUUACCGCCAGUAUCCCGGGUGGCCUUCCUCAGCUGUCUUGGAUUAUUACCAUUGUAUCGCUCUGGAUUGCCGACCGAUUCGCCCGAAUUGCUCGCCUAGCGUGGGUCAACUGGUCCGACAAGGGCUUUGCAGAUGCUCUGUGCGAACCCAUGCCUGGCGACGUCACGAGAGUCACUUUCCGCCUGCCGCGAUAUGUUGACAUCAAGCCAGGAACUCAUGCCUAUCUUCGCUUCUGGGGCGUUAACGCAUGGGAGAGCCACCCCUUUUCCAUCGCUUGGGUAGAGCAUGAGGUCCAGCACUCCCUGCCUUCGUCUGAGAAGGAACCCCUCACCGCGCUGGACCGCAGCAGUGCCUACACUUUGGUGUCGUUCCUCAUCGGCGCCCAGACCGGCAUGACACGAAAGCUCUUCAAUACGGCUAGAGCCUCAGAGCAAGGUGUUCGAAUGAAGGCGGCGCUGGAAGGUCCGUACGCUGGACACCACAGCCUCGACUCCUACGGCCACGCUGUCCUAUUUGCCGGCUCUACAGGCAUCACUCACCAGAUUUCCUACAUUCGACACCUGCUCAACGGCUACAACGAAGGUACCGUUGCGACGCGGCGAGUUACGCUUGUCUGGAUUAUCCGGGAGUAUGAAUCCCUAGAGUGGGUCCGUCCUUUCAUGGACCAGAUCCUGCGAAUUCCCAACCGCAAAGACAUCCUCCGCAUCCAAGUAUUUGUCACACGACCCCAGAACCCUCGCGACAUUGCCAGUACUAGCUCGACCGUCAAGAUGUUCCCCGGACGACCUAACGUUCCGUUACUGCUGGCUAAGGAAGUCCAGGAACAGACUGGAGCCAUGGUGGUCAGCGUCUGUGGGCCCGGUGCUUUAGCAGACGAUGUGCGAGGCGCCGUUCGGGCGGUACAGGGCCACACGGUAAUCGAUUUCAUCGAAGAAAGCUUUACUUGGUGAUUUACGUGUAUACAUAUACUACUACUAUCUGGGCGCUAUGAAAGGAUUUUUUUUUUCUAUUCUACAAAGCAUUCUUUCAUACGAUACUAGAUGGGGAAACCGAGGAGUUAGCC